AUGGUGUUCCCAAUCCUCUUCAUGGUGCUGUCUGGCAUGGCCUUCCUUGCUGGGAUGCCGUUAAACUGCUACGUCCUCUUCGUUGCCGGCUGCCGUGUAGAGAGGACGGCCAGCACCGUGUGGUUCUGGAGCUGGGCCGUGGCCGAUUUCAUCUUCAUCGUCUUUCUGCCCCUCAGAUUCAUUUCCAUCUUCAUCAAGGAAUUAGACACGAUCAAGGUGGUGAGCAGCACAGUCACCUCCUUCCACAUGUUCUCCAGCGCCUUCCUCCUCACGGCCCUCAGUGUUGAUCGCUGCAUCCUCGUGGCACGCCCUGAGCGUGCCCAGAACCACCGCACAGCCCCGCUAGCUGUCAUGAUGGUUUGUGGCAUAUGGGCCUUGUCUCUUGGGUUCAGCUUGCGGUAUGGUGAUCUCUGGGAAUACCUCCUCUCACCUGUCAGCACCAGCAUGAAUUUCCAACUGGAUGAAGGGAGGGUGAAGGCUGCCGUAGUGAUCCAGUUCCUGGUCGGGUUUCUGAUCCCAUUAGCCUUGAUCUUGAUCCCAACCUUCUACAUUGUUCUAGCUGCCAAGCUGAGAAGGAACAGGCGGAUCCAGUCCACCAAGCCACUCAAGAUCCUUCUUGGCUUGAUCCCGACCUUUUUCCUCUGCUGGCUGCCAUAUCACGUCUUCUCCCUCCUGCAGAUCUCAGCUAUGCACACUGGGUCUGUUUGGAACACAGGAAUCGCUUUUGCUUGUGUCUUGACCUAUUUCAGUAGCUGCCUCAACCCCAUCUUCUACCUCACCAUGGAUAAAGAGUUUCUGAGGUACCGGCAACGUGCACGCAACCUCCAAACCACCAACAUCUUGGGGCCAGAGCCGGAUGACUAG